AUGGCGAGCCCUAGGACUCCGAAACGAAGAAAACGGUACCUAUAUUGUGAUGAAGACUUUGUACUUUCUCGAUCGACGCAAUGUCUGCAUGAGAAAAACAAGCGGGACUCUGAGUUGCAAAACUCGGCGUCGAAUCGACAGGCAGCUAGCGAAUCACCACCGCUACCUGCGAGUCCCGAACACAGUGACGAGCCCCUCAUUUCCUCGGAGCCUGAAGAACCGAGCUGGGCCGCCGACUUGAGCGGCGACUCUCACGAAUCGCCUUCGGAUGUAAAUGAUGUGAGUGAUACCGAGGGGAGCACUGAGGGGGAGAGUGGUAACGCGAAAGAAGGCACCCGUUCCGCUUCAUUUCUGCUGGAUGACGAUGGUCUUCUUCAACGCUGCCUCGCGGAGUUUGGCAGCGCCACUCUGCCGCACUCUACAACAACCAAAGCGGCCGCCGUCGCUAUGUUGUUGUCCAUAGCAAGCGCCCACAGAGUUACCUGGACUCUGCUUGAGCAUAUCCUAGAGUUCGUUGACAUGCUGUAUGGAGCGACGACUCAUGUUCUGCCACGGAGCAAGUACAUGUUCCGGAAGCUGUGGUGCUCGAGGACGUCUGCUGUAGCCAGAAAGUACCUGUACUGCGAAAACUGCACCAGACUGCUCGAAAGCAGUGCUACUGCUCCAGGGUUGGCCUGUGCUGCGUGCAACCUUUCUUAUAAUCAGGAGAUGGUCCUGAAGGCUGGAUCAUACUUUACGAUUUUAGACGUUAGCGAGCAGCUCAAGCACGUCAUUUCGAAGGAGAAGAAAGAGCUGAGUGAAAACAUGGAGAAGAUCGAAGAGUCCUUGUCUUUGCCAGAAGUAACGGAUGUGACGACUGCAUCGAACUACAGGUGCCUAAGACAGGAUGGCGUGAUCAAAAAGGGAGACCUGACACUGAUCGUCAAUACGGACGAUAGCCCAUUGCUCAAGUCGUCACGUUCGUCGAUUUGGCUAAUCCAAUUCGGUAUCAGUGAGCUACCACCGCAAAGAAGAUUUACGAGCACCACAUUAGCAGGUCUGUGGUUCGGAAGGAACCAUCCGAACAUGUCGGUAUUCAUGUCGACGUUUGCUGAAAGUGUAGUAUCUGUGCCACCCAUUGAGUGGAGCUACGAGGGUAAAGACUACUCCUCAAGGGUGCAGAUCAUCGGCUGCACAGCUGACGCUCCUGCUCGUGCUGCAGUCCAGAACCACGUGACUUAUGCUGGCUACUUUGGUUGCCCCUGGUGCCUCAUCAAGGGAAAACACGAAGGAGGAUGUAUUCGGUAUGCGCAUGACGAAGACGAUCAGGAACCAGCUCCUGAACGAACAGCUGCCAUGGUGCUGAGAAACACAGAACUGGCAGGGCAGUUCAGGGUUGCCGUGCAAGGGGUGAAGGGACCUUCAUCACUGGCCACUGUCCCAAAUUUCGAUCCUGUCUGGGUAUACACAGUUGAUUACAUGCACUGUGCCUUGCUGGGUGUGACGAGGCAGGUCACAGAGACCCUGAUUGCAUCGUCGAACUCCACCAUGGCUUUCUACAUUGGAAAACCUCACCAGCUGACGGCAAUCAACGAGCGCCUGCUUUGCAUCAAACCACCGCAUUGUUUCACACGAUUGCCAAGGUCCCUCCAGGACCACGCCUUCUGGAAGGCAAGUGAGUGGAGACACUGGCUCCUUUUCUACGUCCUGCUGUGCACGCUGGACAUCCUACCUCCGAGGUAUUGGAGACAUCUCUGCCGGCUUGCGGAAGCCAUUUUCCUGCUGUUGCUGCCAGAGAUCAACGAAUCACAGAUCCGACGUGCCGAGACCUUGCUGACACAGUUCGUUGGCCAGAUGCCCGGACUGUAUGGGGAGACUGCCAUGACGUUCAACGUGCAUCAGUUGACACACCUCUCCUCUACAGUGCGGCGCAUGGGGUCCUUGUGGGCCAACUCGGCCUUCCGGUUUGAGGACGGCAAUGGCCGCUUGCUGAAGCAAGUAACUGCUGCAAAAGGAGUGCCGGAACAAAUUGUAGAGCGGGUGGUCAUGCGGCAGGAAUUGGAGACCCUGCUGGCGGCAGACUUUCUCCCGGCGGCGGUAAGGCUAAAGUGUCAGCGCGUCUUAGGAUACGAGCACCUCAGGAGAGCCACACAUGUUAAAGGAGUAUGUCUCCUGGGGAGGGGCACGCCAGUGCAAAGGUUUUCCCCUGCAGAAACUGCAGCAAUGACUGCCAGAGUUGGCUUUUGUCCUUCAGGUGCGUUGAAGCACGAGCGCUUCAUUGUGAACUCCCAGGUGUAUGAGACCACGCAGUACAGGAGGGCAAAAAAAAGCAAUUCUACAGUAAUUUCUUGCCAUGAUGGCAGUGUUGUAGUGAUUUUGAGGGCUCUCCAUGUAGAUGACGUGAACGUGGAGCGCUGCAUCCUCCUGUGCACGCCACUUGAGGAGCUGAAAGUGCAGAACUCAGUCUUCCCAUUUUAUAUUGUGAAGACAAGCAGACCAGGACACUCUGUAGUAGCCGUCUUACCCGAGGACAUGCGCGGUGCUUGUUUGUUAAUUGAUUUUGGUAGAGAACAGAGGUAUGUCUGCCACCUCCCAAACACGCUGGAGCGAGACUAG